AUGGAGCAGAACUCUGUGGGCUGUGCAGUCCAGAUCCACUCCCAGGACAGAACCUGUUCCCCUGAUGAGCUUGUUGAGUCUAUUGGCGUCGGCUGCCCUCACCCUGCUGCCCUCACCCUGCCGCCCUCACCCUGCCGCCCUCACCCUGCCGCCUUCACCCUGCUGCCCUCACCCUUAUGCCCUCACCCUUAUGCCCUCACCCUGCCGCCCUCACCCUGCCGCCCUCACCCUGCCGCCUUCACCCUGCCGCCUUCACCCUGCUGCCCUCACCCUGCCGCCUUCACCCUGCCGCCCUCACCCUGCUGCCUUCACCCUGCCGCCUUCACCCUGCUGCCCUCACCCUGCUGCCCUCACCCUUAUGCCCUCACCCUGCCGCCCUCACCCUGCUGCCCUCACCCUGCUGCCUUCACCCUGCUGCCCUCACCCUGCUGUCCUCACCCUGCUGCCUUCACCCUUAUGCCCUCACCCUGCUGCCCUCACCCUGCUGCCCCAGCGCAAUACAGCGUAGAAGAUGACGCUGCCCACCACCGAGUGAUAAAACAUCUGCAGCAUGGUUCUGCAGACGCUGAAAGAUCGUAG